CGGACUCGCAUAAUGCAUUGUGAACUAAAGUCAUGUAGAAUCAUAAUGCAUUGUGAUCUACAGUCGUGACUACCGUGUUUGGGUAAGCAGACGAUAAGCUCGACGGUGACCGCCGUAAACGAGCGCUCGUCGAUAUGGAUAUGCACGGAGUAUUAAAAAGGAAAGAAAGAGAAAACAAUAUGGGUCACAAUUCCCUUAUCGCUGUAUCUAUAGUGAGCUAGCCAAACAGUGCACCUCCCUGGUCCGUUCAACCUUCGCUCCAGAUUGCUUGUUUUUAAUAUUUUCACUGCUGCUUGAACUGCUUCACGACUAUCGAUCCUGCUGGAUAUAGUGCAGUGCAUUUCUCGGACACACAACAACAGCUCGCUAGCUUGCAGUAUACUAUGUCUUGCACUUGCAGCUGGUGGGAGAGGCUCUCCUGCCCAGCCAUCCUGCCGGAUAGGUAUCGGCGACAGUGGAAAUGGAUUGUGACAGUUUCUCUAGCCGUUGUUUACUUCGUAUCGUGGGGAAAUAUUCAUAGUUAUCCAUUGCUAUUUGGUCCCUUGCAGGAGGAAUUUAAAACGUCAGCUAUCGAAACGGGAUGGGUGGGAUCUGUCAACAUUGGCCUUAACUGUUUAGCCAGCCCGCUAGCGGCUUUCUUGGAAAGAAAAAUUGGCUUUCGCAUGACAACAGCUCUGGGGGUUCUCCUGUGCGCCGUCGGUGUUUUCUCGUCGUCGUUUGCGCCGCAACUCUUCAUGCUGUACUUCACGUACGGGACUAUGUACGGCUUAGGUAUCAACCUCUCCUUCCAUGCCAGCCUGUGCCUCAUGGUGCAGUACUUCCCGACCCAGAACUGUCGCAGGGCCACUUCUAUUAUCAUGAUCGGAGGAACCUCUGGAAUGUUGGUGUUCAGUCCUGUCAUGGAGAGAUUAAUCCGAAUGUUCACGUGGCGUGGAGCGCUAAGGAUCAGCGGCAUCUUCGUUCUCUGUCUCGGGCUUCCCUUCGCCUUACUCUGCAAGUCACCCGAAGAGACUGCUAAAGAGGUAGAAAGGGUGGACAGAAAGUACAGCAAAUGCGCAGAGGCCCUCGAGGACUCGGUAGGCAAGUACAAACGGGACCUGCAGAAGGUUUACCCAGAGGAUGAUACGGACGAUCGGAGGGUCUGGAAGACGAACUCUUCCGAGGACUGUGACGAUAAUGAAAACGAGGAUGAGGGAUGUUCAUUGCGCGGCGGCUCGAAGACACAUGGUACGAACUCAAACUGUAUAAGUGAUAAAGAACAUGCCAUUGAUCUUCUAGAGAACGUUGUUGUCCAGGAAGAAGAAGAGAAGUUAGGAUGCCAGAAGUGGCUCUUUAUCCUUGGCUCUUGGAGAUCCUGGUUUUUCCUUGUCUCGGUUUUCAUCUCAACAUUUUCGUGGAGCUUUUACUGGGUUAACCUUGUAAGCCAUCUGUCAAACGUUGGGUUUUCACAGCGCCAGAGUGCUCUGGUCCUCUCCACGUGUGCGGCAGCUGAGUUAAUCACCAAAGUGCUUCUUGCCCUCUUCGGUGACCGUCUUCCGGUCAGCAACGUCUCGAUCCUGGCCAUACAGGGUAUCAUCACCAGUGCCUUCACAGUCGGCGUCAUGUACAUCAACAGCUUCGGCGUCGGCAUUGGUAUUAUACUAGGUGUUGGAAGUAUGCGGGGUGUCUACCAGGUGGUUCCGUACAUGGGCUGUGUGGAGAUCAUCGGGACAAGGUGGGGUGACGAGGCUCAGACACUUACCCUUUUUGUCCAGGGCUUGGGCUACCUUGUUGGUGCCCUUCCUUCAGGUGCAAUAUUUGACCUCACACAGUCCUACCAAACGUGUCUAGUUAUGGUCGCCGUUCUCUUCAUCGUGUCGUCGGUGGCGCUGUUCAUCAUUCAAAUCUUCGAUCGUUUCCGUGCCAGAAAAGAGAAAGAACUACCUGCAACCACCGACGUAACUUCGAUACACUUUGCCUUACAAAAUGAGGUUAUUAGCGACAGGGUCACUGCUUUAUAAAAUAGUGAAUGGAAAGAUUAUUGAGAUAUUUGUGGUGUGAGAGAUAGAUAUAGUGAGAGAGAGAGAGAAGAGAGAGAGAAAAUGUAUACAAAGUAUAUAUGGACUACCGAUCUUUACAAUUUUUUUCCGUAGAGAUCAGUGGUAUGGUCCUUCUUUUUUGUGUGUGAAAUGAAUCUCUUGCUCAGAAUAUAUGAUAUAUCUUUCUCAUUGUUGUCAUAUUAUAUUAGUCAUGUAGAUGGAGACCAGUAGAAAAUACCUCAUAUAUUGAUAAUCAGUGUGACACAUAUAAUGUGAAAUACCCAUUGUACAUGUACAUUAUUAUUGUCUUUCAGUUUAUUAUUCUAUAAAUAAUUUUUGACGCACAAAUUGUGCAAUAUGGUUUAUACUGUACGAGUAAAUUGCAUUUUACCACUGUGUUGUGAUCAAAUCUAGUCGGAGGAAGAAAAAGGUUAGAAUUGCUACCUCUGAACUUUAUUUUUUGUUAUAUACUUUCAUUUUAUAUAAUAUUUUUUUUUGUUGCGGUGGUGUUAUAGGUUUUGUCAAAAGAACGAUCGCCGAUGCCAAAAAAAAUGAUGGUGCAAAUUAAAAUAAUGAGGAACAUGUGAUUCUGUUCUAUCGUUCCCCUAAAAAGUUUGCCAGUAGUUCGUCCAUUUUACAUGCAUUAAAUAAUGGUGUUUCAUGGUAACGCUACCAUUUUUCAUAGUCAUAUCAAGAGGUUUUGCAUUCAUGGAUGAAAUAUGGAUUGUGCUGCACUCCACCCAGGUGAAGUAAAUGGGGACCUGGUAGGAAUUUGUUCCUUGAAACGCAGAGCGCUUGACAGCUGCUGUGCUAAAAGCCAGGGUCAUUAUGCUACAUUAUUGUAGAGCGCUUAGAGACUUCUGAUAAAGUAAGUGUUAUGCGCUAUAUAAGUAAAUUAUUAUGAAUAAAUGAAAUAUGCCGUAUGGGUUACGUUGCACACAAUCGCCCUUUUACAUUUCUUCACAUUUGUUCCACUAUUUCUGUAGAAAAAAAUGGAAAACAAAUAAAAUAAAUGAAGAGCAGAUAAGGAAUUGAAAAUACAGUCCUUUUCGUUGCACUGGAUUUAGGCAGUGAAUAUUUAGAUUUUAACAGUUUAAGAUUUAAAUUCGACUAAGAGUCUUAGAUAAUCAUGCUCUGAAAUCAUGAUCUGUUCGUCUCAGUAAACUACAUUCCUAAGUGCUGUAUCUCGUGUGGAGUUUCUACUAGGAAUAAAAACAAAGCCACUGGUUUCCAUUUUGCUGUUUGAUAUAUGAACUUCAGGUAGCCCUCAUCGGGUACAACAAGAAUGUCUAUCUUUUUGGUCAGCGUGCCUUUUUUUCUAGGUUUAAAAAAAUGACAAUUAUGACCGUUGAUAAAACUUCAGGUUUUCACAGUGAAUAAAUAAUUUUGUUUAAACAUGUAUGUCUAUCUUUUUGGUCAGCGUGCCUUUUUUUCUAGGUUUAAAAAAAUGACAAUUAUGACCGUUGAUAAAACUUCAGGUUUUCACAGUGAAUAAAUAAUUUUGUUUAAACAUGUA